AUGAGGACGCAAUACAGCAUCGCCGAAGGCAGCUUCCACGUGACGUGGCUGCUGCUGAACGCGGCCGUGGUGCUUGCGCUGUCGCUGCGGCUGCGACGCGGGUCGCGGGCGGCGCUGCCCGUGGGGGUCGCCAUCUGCACGUACGGCGGCGGCGUCAUCGGCAUGGGGAUGACGGCGGUGCUGGUGCUGCCCACGUACGGCCUCGACGACGGCUUCCCCAACCUCGGCGUGUGGAUGCUGCGCUGGGUCGCCGUGCUGCUGCCGCUGUCGACGGCCGUCACGUGGUGCGUGCUCAGGCGCCGCGAGCGCCGCGAGAGGAGGGAAAUCGAGGCUGAGGAGAGGCUGCUUGGUGGCGUUGAUGAGGAGGAGGAGGAGGGGGAGAGGCGGCAGGAGCAGGAGGAGCAGGAGGCGUUGCCGGGGUACUGCGAUCAUGUGCCGCUGCCCGGCACUGAGCAGCUCGCUUAUGCUGCCGGGUUCGAGGCUGGGAGGCGCUCGGUAAGGGUGUCAGCACGGAAUCUGGAGGUGGCUCCGUCUUCGCCGCCGCCGUAUCGGGAGGUGGAUGAUGACGGUGCUGCUGCGGGUGGUGCGAAGCCGUUUGGCAGCAUUUCGGGUGGUGAUGAAUAG